UUCCACAUCGGGAAAGUACAAAUGAGGAGCUCCAUAGAUAGAAAUGUGGUCACCUGACACGGCAGGCUUCGCCAAUCAGGCAGUCAAAGCAGGAGAGCUCAGCUGUCAUUGGGCAGAGGCGAGUGCCACCAUGAAGAUGAAGUGGAGCCUGCUGAUUAAAGUCCUGUGUGUCAUGACAGGCUCAGCCUCCCCCUUGAUGUGCUUCACGUGUCCCACAUCUGAGCCGUGUUCUGUCAACCCUUUGGUCUGCUCAGAUCCAUCGAUGAAGUGUGGAAUCCUGGCUGCCCAAAUUACUCUUGGUCCUUUCUCUACAUCCACUUACAGAUCUUCCUGCUUGGACUCUUCCUUGUGUAAUCUACAACUUGACUCAAAUGAUGGACACCUGGGCGCCACUUUCAUCUCACAAUGCUGCAGUUCGGAUCUGUGCAACAACAGGACAUUUGCAUUUGAAGCAAAUGCGACGGUUGUCAAUGGCCUUCUCUGCUACAGUGGCAUCAGUGAGCCUCCUUUACAGUGCAAAGGCAUGGAAGACCACUGCUUCACUGCCAACACUGAUGUCGGGGUGCUAAAUGGAUGUGCUUCCAUAAACGCUUGUGACAGCUUUACAGCCAUUGCAACUUACCUGAAAGCAACAGCGCCAAGCAGUGUCAGCUGCUGUCAAGGAUCCAUGUGCAACAGCCCACAAGCCGGUCCAGCAUCGUCCAUCACAUGCUACUUGUGCACCUCCGUGGAUUCAUGGACCUCCUGUACUGAUGUGCCAACAAACUGCUCAGACGUGUCAAUGGAGUGUGGAGCUGUGGCAGUCCAGGAGGCAACAGCACAGUCCACCCAAACCAAGUAUUCCCAUGCGUGUCUGAACAGAGCCUUCUGCAAUCUGACAGCGUCCAUAAAUGUUGGAAUACAGCGGGGCGUCUUCACUUCCCAGUGCUGCAGCUCACCUUUAUGCAAUGGAAAUGCAGUUCAAGUAAAUGCAACUCCUGAAAAUGGCCUGGAGUGCUACAGUGAAUUCCAAAAUGUACGGUGUCUUGGCAUCGAGGACCGCUGUGUCAACAUCAAAGUUCAGAACCUAACAUUCAGUGGAUGUGCUUCGAAGAGCGCUUGUGACAACGUGCAAAGCCUCGGAAGCUAUCUUGGACUGGCAGCGGUUCAGGUGGCCACCUGCUGUGAAGGAUCCAUGUGCAACAGCCCUGUUCCUUUUAUCAGCUGUUUCUCCUGUAACGGACCCGACUUGUGCUCUCAGAAUUGCAUCUCGCCAUUGAUGACCUGUGGAAUCACCGAAGCGCAGACUGUCCAGAAUGGCCAUUCUCAGAGUCGCUAUGUGCAGAACUGUGCCAGUCCCCAGAUCUGCAAUGCCACCUUAUCAUUUCUCAAUGGGACUGCCAGCACGACUUUCUCCUCCCAGUGCUGCUCCUCAGAUCUUUGUAACACUGCCACAGUUACUCAGGCCAAUAUGAGCAGCCUCAAGUGCAAAACUGGAAUACAAAAUGACUGCAUGGAGAUUCUGCCAUGUAAAGGCCAUGAAAACCGUUGCUUCACCAUUGGGCUUCAGGACCUUGGAGUCGUCAGAGGCUGUGCUUCUAAAGCAACUUGUGACGGCAUCACCAACCCAGCGGCCAUCUUGUUUGGCUUGUUUAAGAUGAGCACAACAUCAGCCAUCACUUGUUGUGAAGAAAAUGAAUGCAACAGCAUCGGGAAGACCCUGGGUCCGAGUGCCGCCUCGACUUUACCGCUCCUGACAGUGCUGCUGUUCUUUUAUUAAGGCAGACAUCACAUGUGUACAGGCCAGCUCCUGAAAGUCUCCUUUGAUCCUUUGACCCUUGUCUCUCUGCUUUGUGCUCCACUUCCCCAAAGGUCAAAUCUGCAGCUAAGGUUGUCAGCCUGGGCGGCUGCUAUUCUGUCUUUGUAUUUGGGGUGCUUUUUGGUCUCAAAGCAAUGAGAAAUUCAAUAACGUCAAACAAGAUAUGCACUCACCACGUGGCCAUUUGUGUCUCUGAGGCCUUUAAUGCCAUCUAAAACAGUCACAUGACAGGCCACUCCAGAUGGGUCAGUUUUGCCAUUUUGUAAUCUUUGUAAUGGGUGAGACGUUUUACUUAGAACACAACAUCAGUGUC